AAAUAAACAGGUUAGUCCUACUUUAAACCUUUACUAUAUGCUACUGUACAACGCGAUACAAAGUAAGACAGCUUCAUUUGUACAGCACCUUUCAAACACAGGGGCAAGUGUUUCACAUAAGGUGAAGAAAUGUAUUUGAACAAGGAAAACAGAAUCAACAAAACAGAAUAAAAUGACUUUAAAAUAUCAAUAUAUCAGUAAAAUUCAAGCAGACAAAAAUAAAGGUGGACCAGAAACACAGCUUUUAAUGCUACAAUUAUUAGAAAAUUAAAUCUCAAUAAAUCUUUUACUGUAUUUGUCAAGAACAAAUGUCAAACCAGCUUCUUUAAUGGGAUGAUUUCCUGCUUUCCUCUGUCUUAUAUAUUUAUGUUAUAUUAAAAAUCUUAACUGUUUUGGUCCGACAGUCUUUAUCUAUUUAUUUAUUCGAGGCUGGCACCUUGUACUUUGGGAACUUGUGGUGGACAAUUUUCACUAUUUCCUGAUAUUUUACAGUCCAAAUGGCUGAUCAGUUCAUCAAGAAAAUAACGUAAAAAUUAAAUGAAUAUGAAAAUUGUCAUUAGUUGCAGUUGAGUGCGCCACAGCACACGCUUUCUGUGCUCACAUAUAACCGGUAUAUUAAGAAAUAAUAACAGCAAAGACGUAUGGAAUGGAAGAUAUAUGGAAACGGCUGCGAAGAUGCUGUUCAAGACUUGUGUCCUCUUAUCAUCGGUACCAUCCUCGCCCCUCCUGGUGAAAUGUCUGAGCCCGGGUGGGGGUCCCGGUUAUUUAUCUUCUCGGGCAGCAGGAGUGGAGGGGGUGGUGUGGGAGCCCGCAGCGUCACGUGGUCCGCCCUCAUCUCCUAUAAACAUCGCAUUCACCUCCGGCUACGGCCAGGCAGGCGUCACGCUUUUAUGCACAGGCAGAGGAGGAGACGACUUCUUUCUUGUUUUUAAAAAGUACACCCAGCGAAGGAGUAUGGCUCGUUUAGGUCAGAUGUAAUUCGGCGAAUGUAAAUAUGACUAAAUGCGUCGGGAAAAGCUUUGUAGUGGCUGGUUUGUUGACCAGAGAGUAACGGUUGUCCUACCGAGGUCCAAGGAGAAAAAGAUUGUCUUUUAAUCCGACGCGUAAACCCGGCAGCAAUUCAUGAGUAAUUGUGGCUUUUUUAAAUUUUAAGUCAAGCCCUUGAGGUGUUUUUCCCCCACGGUAGGUAGGUACGAGUCUUACGAAGAGAAAUGGACCGAGGUGGCUGCCAGAUGAAUGGCGGCGGCGGCGGUGGGGGAGACGGCAGCGGGCCCGACCGACAUGGGACGAUCACACUGGAGGACCUGGAGUCUUUCUCGGAGGACCAGCUGUCGGACUCAGGCAACGGCAGCCUGGAAGAGGAAGGAGAGACCAUGGAGGAAGACGAAGAUUCAGACCGGCUUCUGCAUUACUGGCAGGACGUAGCCAGGGGACACCAAGUCGAAGUUUCUCAAGAUAUGGCAGAACCCAUUCAGCAGCUAACCACCAACAACCAAGGACGCAGCCAGAGAGAGCACAUCCCUUUCACUCUCCUCACACGCAAAGAGAAGUGUGGGGAGCUGCUCUAUGAGAAACGCCACUACGAAAAGGGCCACUGGGCUUGUAUAACGAUGCGUGAGGACACGUACGAACAGAGCAUCUGUUACGGUUUUAUGAGGAUAAUGAGAUACAUCUGCCAGCAGAACUCUUUAGGUAACUACUUGGGCAUGACACUCCCCAUCGUAACAGUGGUGCGCACAGACGAGAACCAUUCUGUUAUUUCCCAUGACGUCACGGUGGCAUACUACCUUCCUGCUGAGCAUCAGGCACAGCCCCCACAACCUUCCGACAACGAGGUUGUGAUAGAGAUCUGGCCUGCCACUGUUGUAUACACAAGGGCCUUCUCAGGUCCCACCAAUGAAGUGACCAUCAUUAACCAGAUCAAUGCCAUGGCGGAGCUGCUAGACUCUCCUGGCGUGUGCGUCAACGAUUCGUUCAUCGUGGCCGGUUACACCAACCCUGCUCACAGCAACCGCCAGAAUGAGAUCUGGUUUUUAGAGCGACGCUGAGGAUUAAGCAGCAUCCUGCUGUCUGUGACCCCUUGAGCCUCGUAAAGACUCCCUUAACACUGCCCCAGUUCAGCUACAGCCUCAGGUGCAACAUCCUCCGUAGUCACCACCUUUACCUGAAACAACCACCAGCCCAGCACACUCCAGAGCGGCUGAGUCUCAGAAAACUCAGCCCUUACUCUACCCUCAGUGAAUUUUCAUCCAUGUUCAUUUACAGAGAUCCUCAUUUCAUCCAUUAAAACUGAACUAAACCACUGCCAUACACAUGUGAACACAAUCCAGAUGCUAAGGUGAAGCGUAGCAUUCAACUCCUGCUCUUACAGACUAAAACCUUUCCCAAGCACAGUGCUCUUUUGUUAAAAGUUAAAAUAGUUUUAACUCUUAGCAUUCUGCAAACACAGUGAUGUGUCACAGUACUCUCAGAAACAUGCAACAUGCCUGUCUUUUCGGAAACAGUGGAAACAGGCUCCCAGUGGACAUGCAGCCUUAUUGUGCUCCCUCUCUGCUUGCUGCACAGCUACAGUGUCUUGUCGUGUGGGUUGAACGUCAAUGCACAACAGAAAAAAAACCAAACAAUUUCUCUGUCAUCUGUCUCUGUCAGAUUUGAACUAUGUUACUAUCAGUCUGCUGUUUUUGUAAUUAACUACAGGUUUCAAGUCUAUGUGGUGCCAGUCACACUACAUAUUUUGUUUCAAUAAUAAGUGCAAUACUUGCCGAAUAACCAACAACUAACAAGCCAGUUAUUACAGUUUCUGGGCCACUAACCUAACCCAAUCUAAGGGUGUGUUCAGUCGCAGGUAUUGUGGGUCGGUUGGGAGUGGGGGCAUGCAACACAAUCUGAUUAACAACAUCCAGACCAGAACUGGUGGCUUGAACCAUAAAUAAGCUCAACACAAUGUGUGACAUUAAUUUAGAAAACAAACACAUGUGAAAUGCAACAUGUCCAUGUGUGUUUGUGCAUGAAUGUACAGCUACUGGGAGAGGGUGAAAACCAAUGUCACACACCUGACGAACCAAACGCUGGAAAACUCACUGAUCUUACUGCUGAAUGACAAUCGUAAAGUACUUAUAUAUUAUGUAUGUCAUUUUCUCUGAAGAAAAUUAUGUAAUAAAGUCAAUGCAUUCCUCAUGCACAAUAGUUACCUACGUACCUCGUUCUCAUGCUCUUUUUGCUACUCUGUGUCAACGUUAGUAAGUAUGCAUUCACUACUGUAUUGCAAAUAUCACUGCUGCUGAGUAGAGACCAUGCAACUAAGAAAAAUAGAGCACAGAGAAUAUCUCUACUGUGAUUAUACUCUCUUUUAAGUAGACAAAAAAAAUCAGUUUUAGUUAAAACUGUUCAUUUAAUGUCCUAUCAGCAAUCUUAAGAAGAGUAUAUGAAGUCAGAGUGAAAGACGUGUUUAUCUAUAUUUUAAAAUAAAACAUACCAAUGCAAUGCAAACAAAAACAAAGCAUCAAACCAGCUACACCUUGAGUUCACAGUAAUGUUGGAAUGUCUCUGCUUUGAAAAUUUACAUUUCCUGCUUGAGUGCCAGUGAAACUGGAACUAGCCAAAUCAUCACUGUGUGAGCAUUCCUUACCAGGACAGGGGCAUACUAGGGAAUGCUUAAGGCAGGCAGUUGUUGAGGCUUAUUAAAUAUGUGUAAAAUAAAGAAAUAAAAAACUUAAAGUCAGCUCAAAAUUGGUUUCAUCUUAUUUAAUCCACAAAAAAUGUAAAGAAAUCAACAGUUAACAGAGUUAAUUAUUGGGUUGGGGAGGUCGCCCAGUCUUAAAGUCAAGUACAUCAAAUACAUCCAAAUCCAAAGAGUUUAUUUUGCAUUUAAUGAUUGAAGGGUUGAUAUGAUACUCUAUGACAAAUGUAGUGUGUAAAUGCUUGUAAAGCCAUGAUAUGUGUAGGUUUGUUUUCCUUUUAAGAGCCUGGUUAUAUGGGAACAUCAAGUGUGAGGAUUUUAUUUGUUUUCCCUUCUGUUUUUUUGUUUUUUCUGGUUUUUUUUUUCAGUGUUUUGCAACGGUGUGCUGUACUGUGAAAAUUCAAGUGCAACAACAACAAGAGCUACUGUGGUUUUCUUUGUUCAAUAAAAAUGUGCUUGUCUCCUGUCCUUUGAA